CGCCGGGUCCGGAGCCGGAGAGCGUUUGAGGGGCCAGCCCGGAAGGGAGUUUCUUUUCCUUUCCAAUUGCCCGCUCUCGGGCGGCGCCGUCUCUGCCUUCCGUCUCCCCACUAACGUGCGCCCCCGGCCCGGCUCCAGGUGUCAGCUUUUCCUGGCCCCCUCGGGGAGUUGGGGCCUGGAGGUUCGGAGGUAGCGGCCGCUGCCCGGCGCCGGAGUGAGGGGCGCACCCAUCUUGGGCCCUGCCAACUCCACCACCGGCCCGCACCUCCAUGGGCCCAAGCCAGAAGCCCAACGUGUGCCGCAGGCUGAGUCGCCGGGCGCUGGGCUUCUUCUCUCGGGACGCGGGCGUGGUGCAGAGGACGAACCUGGGUAUCCUGCGGGCGCUGGUGUGCCAGGAAAGUACUAAGUUUAAGAAUGUUUGGACAACUCAUUCCAAGUCACCUAUAGCCUAUGAGAGAGGAAGAAUAUAUUUUGACAACUAUCGGUGCUGUGUUAGCAGUGUUGCAUCAGAGCCAAGAAAACUUUAUGAAAUGCCAAAAUGUUCCAAAUCAGAAAAAAUAGAGGAUGCUUUAUUAUGGGAAUGCCCAGUGGGAGAAAUGCUUCCCAAUACAUCAGAUUAUAAAUCCUCACUCAUAGCACUGACUGCUCAUAAUUGGCUACUUCGUAUAUCAGCAACUACAGGAAAAGUCCUUGAGAAAAUAUAUCUUGCUUCAUAUUGCAAAUUCAGAUACUUGAGCUGGGACACUCCUCAAGAAGUCAUUGCAGUCAAGUCAGCUCAGAACAAAGGCUCAGCAUUGGCCCAGCAGGCAGGCAUUCAACAGCCUGUUUUGCUGUACCUUGCAGUGUUCCAUGUGCUACCUUUUUCACUCAUAGGGAUUCUGGAGAUCAACAAAAAGAUUUUCGGGAGCGUAACAGAUGCCACCUUGUCUCAUGGAAUACUGAUUGUGAUGUACAGCUCGGGACUGGUCAGACUUUAUAGCUUCCAAGCCAUCACUGAACAGUUCAUGCAACAGAAACUUGACUUAGGGUGUGCAUGCAGAUGGGGUGGGACUACUGGAACUGUAGGAGAGGCUCCUUUUGGCAUUCCUUGUAAUAUUAAAAUCACAGAUACACCACCACUGCUCUUUGAGGUGUCCUCCCUGGAGAAUGCUUUUCAGAUUGGAGGCCAUCCUUGGCACUACAUCAUCACACCUAAUAAGAAGAAACAAAAAGGAGUUUUCCAUAUUUGUGCCCUAAAGGACAAUUCCUUGGCAAAAAAUGGGGUCCAAGAAAUGGAGUGUUGUUCUCUAGAAUCUGACUGGAUCUAUUUCCAUCCUGAUGCUUCUGGUAGAAUAAUACAUGUUGGCCCAAAUCAGGUCAAAGUUUUAAAGCUAAGUGAAGUAGAAAAUAAUAGUGCCCAGCAUCAGAUCUCUGAAGAUUUUGUCAUUUUGGCCAACAGAGAGAAGAACAAAAAUGAAAACUUACCCACUGUUACAGCUUCUGGACGGGUGGUAAAAAAAAGCUUUAACCUUCUGGAUGAUGACCCAGAACAAGAGACUUUCAAAAUUGUGGACUAUGAAGAUGAGUUAGAUUUGCUUUCUGUGGUAGCUGUUACUCAAAUAGAUGCUGAAGGAAAAGCUCACCUGGAUUUCCACUGUAAUGAAUAUGGAACUUUACUUAAAAGCAUUCCACUCGUGGAGUCAUGGGAUGUGACAUAUAGCCACGAAGUUUACUUUGACAGAGACUUGGUACUACACAUAGAACAGAAACCCAGCAGGGUCUUCAGCUGCUAUGUUUACCAGAUGGCUAGUGUAAAAGAUUUCAAGCAAACUGUAAGUGAAAUUUUUUUUAUCAUAUGUAGGCUGUUUAGCUGUUAAUACACCUAAGAAUGUUGUAUUCAUUUCACUCUUCUAUUUAUUUGGUGAGUCUUCCAAUUCUGCUUAGGCAAUAUUUUCAUACCUAGGCAAUAAGAUAAAGGUAUCCUGGGUUGUACCAGCUCUGCUCCCUGUAGAAGAGUAGAUAAAGUCCCAGGAGUUCUUACUAGGUUGGAAACUGGCAGCUAGAAAAAGGUUUUGGCUCUAUCUUAGCUGUGAGAUGAGUAUUUUAUCUUCUUUAUUAGAACUGAUCAAAAUAUGAUCCUUGAACUCAGAUAAUCAUUCUUCAGAAUGUUAAAAGCAAC